GAGGCAAGGCGCUCAGCUUCCCGCUUGGCGGGGCGGCAGCCGGUGCGGUGCUCAGCGUCAGCAUCUACUGUAGAGUGAUGGAGCCCGAGGAGAACCAUGGGGCUAAUGGUCAUGCACGCGAGAAGAAGAACAAGGGCAAGGGCUCCUACGCGUCCUGCCUGCCUGACCUGAGCUGCCUCCGCAAUCGGCAGGUGGCGGCGGCAUCCGGAUCGGCGCGCCGUGCGACGUCCAUCCGCUCCGACCGCGGCGGCUUCAUCACGAUCGAGAACUCGGUGGCCGAGAUGGACGGCGCCGGCGCCGGCUCGGCCUUCCGCGUGGCGGAGGACGUGGACGAGGAGGGCGCGGGGUUCAUCACCAUGGAGAAGGGCACGGUGUCGUCGCGGUCGAGGCGGCCGCUGCCCGACACGGUGUCGUCCGCCGACGAGGAGGACGAGAAGCCGUGCCUGUUCAUGGAGCUGUCGGAGGAGGCCGCUUCCGUUGCGUCGGCGUUCGACGUGGAGAAGGUGGAGGACGAGUUCCUGGCGAUGCUGGAGGACAAGUACUGGGCGAGGAGCAAGGAGAUCGAGAAGGGGCUGAGCGUGAGCCUGGACAUCGGGCUGGAUCUGGGGCUGGACCUGGACUCGCUCAUCAAGGACGCCGAGAUGGAGCUCGCCAAGGCGGAGCAGGCGUGGAAGAGCAAGGUCGGCGCCGCCAUCGUGGAGGAGGAGGAGUACAAGGAGCUCGUCCGGAGGUGGAGCGCCAGGGAGACGAUGAACUCGCAGUCUGCUGCUUCCACCGGCUGCUCCUGGGGCUUUGGAUUCGGGAGCCCAAUCUAAGCGAGCUAGCUAGUUACCCCCAACACCUGGAAUAUUUUUCUGUGCACGUACUCAUCUU